AUGGGCGAUCGAUUUUACGAUGAUCUGGAAAUCGCGCUGUCCUCGUAUUCGCUUCGGAGUACUAAUGAUUAUUACAAUGAGGAGGAAGGGGAAACAGAAGAAGGGGAUUACGAAGGAGACGAGUUCAACGAUUUGGAAAUUGACGAGAAAUGUGAAGAAUUGGCUUGCCCCUUUUGCCUCGAGGAUUUUGAUGUUCUAGGGUUGUGUUGCCACAUUGAUGCCGAUCACCGAAUGGAAGUUAAACCUGGGAUUUGUCCUGUUUGUGCUACAAAGGUGGGCAUAAACAUGGCUUCGCAUGUUAUUACUCAGCACGAGAGUAUUUUAAAGAUAUCCUCUUUUUUUUUAGGGGCUCGUUCGCGAUCGACUAUAUAUAUACUGAGGAAAGAAAUGCAAGAGAAAUAUUCAAGUUGUAUUAAGGAGACUCCCAGUGCAGGUCCCUCCUCUAAUGCGGCAUCCGAUUCUAUGCUUUUGUCUUUUGUUAAUAGUUCACAAACCACUGGCAAACUCCAAAAUAUUGAAGCUCGUCGUACAAAUAAUGUGAGCUUGGCAGCAAAAAGUUCCACUGAUGAUCAUAUAGAGGAAAGUAAACCACCACCAUCUCUGCCAACCGAUGUGGAUAACGAGAGGGCAAAAAGGUGCGAGUUUUUGCAGGGUUUGCUCCUAAACGCUAUUCUGGACGACAUAUGA